AUGGAGACUGUCAACAAGUUGGUUUCUGAUAGGCCGGUGGUAGUUUUCAGCAAGAAUAGUUGCUGUAUGAGCCACUCUAUCAAGACACUCUUGUGUGAUUUCGGAGUUAACCCGACGGUGUACGAGCUUGAUGAGCUUCCCAGAGGGAAAGAGAUAGAGCAAGCUCUUCUUCGGAUUGGCUGUAAUCCUGCCGUACCUGCCGUGUUCAUUGGUGGGGAACUGGUCGGUGGUGCUAACGAAGUCAUGAGUCUUCAUCUUAAGCGAAACCUGAUCCCAAUGCUUAGGAAGGCCGGUGCUCUAUGGGUUUAA